AUGCGGGCACUUCCCCUCUCACUUCUCACCCUGCUCGGCGCCGCCUCCGCCACCUUGGACGCGGAGUAUCCCCAGGUACCACUAGUCGCCCAGGACCGAACGCCAGAUGUGUCCCCCGAAGCCCCGUAUUCCAGCACGAUGCGGGACGAGCUCCUCGCCCUGCACCGCUCGCUCGUCGAGAUCGAGUCCGAGACGCUCUACGAAACGCACGUGGGCGACUGGCUCGCAGAUUACCUAGAAGCUCGGGGAUACACGGUCCAGCGCCAGCACAUGCCGGUUCGCUCGCCGGGCGCAGGCGAAGCGCGCUUCAACAUUAUCGCGUGGCCGGGAAAAACCGGCCGCCCGCAGCCGCGCGUCAUCGUCAGCUCGCACAUCGACGCCGUACCGCCGCACAUCCCGUACGCCAUCUCCGACGAGCACCCGACGGCCGAGACCGUGAUUCGCGGGCGCGGAUCCGUAGAUGCCAAGGGCAGCGUAGCAGCGCAGAUCGUGGCGGUGCAGAGCCUGCUGGACGGCGGGGCCGUGGACGAGGCGGACGUGGCGCUGCUCUUCGUCGUGGGCGAGGAAGGCCCCGGGGACGGGAUGCGGUUCUUCUCGGAGAGCGCGGAGAGGCGGGCGCUGGGCGGGUUCGAGGCCGUCAUCUUUGGCGAGCCGACGCAGAAUAAGCUGGCGUGCGGGCACAAGGGCGGGCUGUUUUGCUCCGUCGAGGCGCGCGGGGUCGCGGGCCACUCGGGGUAUCCGUGGCUGGGCAAGUCGGCCAACGAGCUGCUCGUGCGCGCCAUGUACGCGCUCGCGACGACGGACCUGGGCAGCAGCGAUCGGUUCGGCAACACGACGGUGAAUAUUGGGCGUUUCUACGGCGGGGUGGCCAUUAACGUGAUUCCCGAGCAUGCGAAAGCCGAUCUUGCGGUGCGCGUGGCGAUUGGGCCCGAGGACGAAGGUGGGUUGAUUGUUGCGGAGCGGAUUCGUGGGAUUUUGGCGGGGAUUGAUCCCGAGGCUUUUACGCUCGAGUAUACGCAUGCUUACGGCGUCGUCGAGAGUGAUUGUACUGCUCCGGGCUUCGAGACGACGGUGGAGAGUUACGGCACCGACAUGCCUAACCUCAAGGGCGACUACACGCGGUACCUCUACGGCCCCGGGUCUAUCCUCGUGGCUCAUGGACCUACCGAGAGCUUGACGGUGGGCGACCUAGAGACGGCGGUAGACGGGUUUAAGCGCCUCAUCCUGCAUGCGCUGAGGAAGUAG